ACCAAACUUAUCGGUGGACCGCGCGCUCCACGUGUUUUCCCGUCCAUUUUCUCGCAGCGCGCAACACGUGCGGAGGUUCCUCUCCGUCUACCAGUAGUUUUCCCAGACAAACGCAGUUAAAAUGGCCGACGUGGAAGCACGCAAGAAGAAGAAGAAGAUCAAGGAGGAGCCCUUGGACGGCGAUGAUAUUGGCACGCUGCAGAAGCAGGGCAACUUCCAGAUCAAGCCCUCCUCCAAGAUCGCCGAGCUGGACACCUCGCAAUGGCCACUGCUCCUGAAGAACUUCGACAAGCUGAACAUCCGCUCCAACCACUACACUCCCUUGGCCCACGGAUCAUCUCCUCUGAACCGCGACAUCAAGGAGUACAUGAAGACGGGCUUCAUCAACUUAGACAAGCCGUCGAAUCCCAGCUCCCACGAGGUGGUCGCCUGGAUCAAAAAGAUCCUCAAGGUGGAGAAGACCGGCCACUCUGGCACUUUGGAUCCCAAAGUCACGGGCUGCCUGAUUGUCUGCAUCGACAGGGCCACCCGACUAGUCAAGUCCCAGCAGAGCGCUGGCAAAGAGUACGUGGCAAUCUUCAAGCUCCACGGAGCCGUGGAGUCGGUGGCCAAGGUGCGUCAGGGUCUGGAGAAGCUGCGUGGCGCCCUCUUCCAGCGACCACCUCUCAUCUCGGCCGUAAAGCGCCAACUGCGAGUGCGUACUGUCUACGACAGCAAGCUGUUAGACUACGAUGAGAGCCGGAAUAUGGGUGUUUUUUGGGUUAGUUGUGAAGCCGGUUCCUACAUCCGUACCAUGUGCGUCCAUCUGGGUCUCGUUCUGGGCGUCGGUGGCCAGAUGCUGGAGCUGCGUCGAGUCCGCUCGGGCAUUCAGUCUGAGCGCGACGGCAUGGUGACCAUGCACGACGUUUUGGACGCCAUGUGGCUGUACGAGAACCACAAGGACGAGUCAAUGCUGCGACGUGUGAUCAAGCCGCUGGAGGGUCUGCUGGUCAACCACAAGCGCAUCAUCAUGAAGGACAGUUCGAUAAAUGCCGUUUGCUAUGGUGCCAAGAUUAUGUUGCCCGGUGUCCUGCGCUACGAAGAUGGCAUUGAGAUCGAUCAGGAGAUCGUCAUUUGCACCACCAAGGGUGAGGCGAUCUGCCUGGCUAUCGCCCUCAUGACCACAGCCACCAUGUCGUCCUGCGACCAUGGUGUGGUUGCCAAGAUCAAGCGGGUGAUCAUGGAGCGCGACACAUAUCCGCGCAAGUGGGGAUUGGGCCCCAAGGCGUCAGCCAAGAAGGCCCUCAUCGCCGCCGGCAAACUGGACAAGUUUGGCCGGCCUAAUGAGAACACACCUAAGGAGUGGCUGACUGGUUUUGUGGACUACAGUGCCAAGAAGCCAGCAGGGGCUGCUCCUCAAGAGGUUUCUCCCUCCAAUGGCUCCAGUGAACCCAGCAAGCGCAAGUUGAGCACCUCCAGUAUUGAGGAACCGGCGGCGCCAACAGCCUCCGAGGAGACUCCUUCCAAGGACAAAAAGAAGAAGAAAAAGAAGCACAAGGGCGAUGAGGAGGCCCCAGCUGCAGAGGAGGAGCCAGAGCCAGUAGAGAAGGAGAAGAAAAAGAAGAAGAAGAAGGAUAAGGAUAGGGACAGAGAUGAAGCUCAGGAAUAGAAAUCGAAUGUUUCUAUAGGAUUAGGUUUUAUAGAGAACUCUACGCUUUUAUGUAGAGACACCUACCAAUUUGCUAGCUGUUAAGUUUAAGGAGUGUUUUUAUGUGUAGAAGUGCAUACUAAUUACAAAUGCAUUUAAGUGACAUUCGCAAUGCAAUAAAUUGUACAUUUUAUUGUGAAA